AUGUAUCCUCUUCCUUUGACAGCAAUUUCGAGCAGUAGGUGGAGCACAAACAAUCCAUGUUCGGAAAUGGGACAAGAAGGAAUGGUAUGCUUGGAAAAGGUACAACAAUUUCAGGAAUUCAAUUCCAACGAGGCGAUCAGUAAUCGAGAAGAGGAUGAUAUUCAAAAAAGGCUUCAUUCUGAAUUUUUGGCAUGUCAAUUCAUGCUAGAAAUGUAUCGGAAAUGUAUGACCACUCCAGAGGAGUUUGAAAAGAGGAAAAUGAUCGAUAGAGCACGGACUGCGGAUCAAAGUAUUCAUACUAGUGGAUUUUCAAUUUUUACUUGGAGAUAA